UCAAAUCGCAAGAGUACCCGACAAACGAAAACGUAUUGGCAAGACCCAAGAAAAGCGAAAAUACACGGUGAAAAUUCAAAAAUUAAAGAAUACUCUCCUGAGUUAUUGCCCAGCACAAAAUGUCCGGGCAAACGAAAGAAAGCCAAAGUCUCACAAUGUUAUUGGGUUUCAAAAAGGAAAUUAUUGGAUCGAUUAGCUGAAAAAG